CAAACAUCCAUUCCAACCCAUCGUCUUGCUCUCGUCACCAGUGCCGCCAUUGCAUCGUGAUCAGCAAAAUGAACGCCUUUUUCGAAGACUUCAAGAAGCAGCCCGUCGGAAUCCCAAAGAUCCCGACGCCCAUCCAGCACCCUGAAGAGGUGACACAGUUUGGCGAGACAUGGCUGUGGGGCACCUUUGGCUUCAUGGCCCUCGGCGCCGUCGUCUUCUUUGUCACGUCGCAGCGCGCCUCGUACCGUUACCGUGCCCUGCACGUCACCAACUUCUUCAUCUGCAGCAUCGCCGCCGUCGCCUACUUUGCCAUGGCUUCGGGCAUCGGAAAGACCCUCGUUCACUCGGACCCACACAACCGCUCCUCGUCCCGCGAAGUCUUUUACGCGCGUUACAUUGAUUGGCUCUUGACCACGCCCCUCCUCCUCCUCGACCUGACGCUCAUUGCUGGCCUGCCCAAGGCCGAGACUCUCGUCGUCGUCGGUGCCGACGUCUUUAUGAUUGUCACGGGCCUCAUCGGUGCCCUGCACCCUUCGCUGCGCUUCCGUUGGGGUCUGUACGCAUUCAGCUGCCUCGCCUUCCUCUACGUUGUCCUCCAGCUGGUCACGUCGGCACGCAGCUACGCCUUCCUCCGCUCGCCAAAGGUCGGCAACCACUUCAACCAGGUCGCCCUCGCCCUCGUCGUCGUCUGGACCGCCUACCCCAUCGUGUGGGCCUUUGCUGAGGGCACGGGCAAGAUGUCGGUUGACAACGAGGUGCUGGCAUUUGGCAUCCUCGACAUCAUCGCAAAGCCCGUCUGGGGCCUCUGGAUCCUCCUCGCCCUUCCCGACGAGGGCCAUGUCCUCCUUCCCGAGAGCUGGACUGCUCCCCUUGGCUCCGUCUCGGGUGGCAACUACGGUGCCAUUCCCUCGCACGAGGAACAGGCUUGAGCCAUCUUCUUCCCCUAUCUUUCUCUCCCUCUCUCUCUCUGACUCUUUCCACACUCCCCUCUGUCUCUUUCACACACACACACACACACACUCGAACACCCCCUCUCUUGCUAUGAAUACUUCCCUACCGACGGUGCCGUUCUCACUAUGUCACCUCUUCCCGUGCUUUUCCAACCCGUUCUCGCACACGUGUCUUCUUGCCAUCACGAAUUCAAGCAGCAGUUUGAUAAAAGUCCGUUGA